AUGGUGGAGCGUGCCGACUUCCUACCUGAGCUUGUCACUGGAAUAGCAGGUCGCGAAAUUGCUCAUCUUUCCUACCUCGGCCCUUUUAUUAGUUAUGGUAUUCCUUGUGACGAGUUUGUUACUCCACUGGCAAGCAAGUUUUUUGGUGAUAACGAAACGCCUAAAGCGGAGGCACUCAAUAUGAUGUACGAGAGUUACCGCAGAAGAUUUGAGACCACUAGAUCGUUGAUGCACCAAAUAGUCCACCAACUAGUAGCAAAUCCAUCGUCACGUGGCCGAUGCUUGGAUUAUUUUGCUGUUGUGAUCAAGCAGAACGAGAAGAGGGCGCAAAUGAGGGCUGAUUUUGCUACGCUUGCUUCCCACACCUUUAUGGUAAAUCUCAUGUGCGUGAUGUUCGAACUUUCAUCUAAGAUUGACAUCUCGAAGGUACGUGUUUGUUUGAGUGUACUAGUCAAGAUGCUUGUCUGGUGGGAUUCAGUCUAAAC